UCAUGGGGCUCCCGGGCAAUAGGGGAUCAUGGGGCCCCUGUGUCCUUGCCCAAACUCAAAAAAGCCUAUGAAAAAGGUACCAGGGGCAUCUCAGGGGGCCCCCUACUGACCCUGGGCCCUCAGGCAGUGCCCGAGUUUCCAAAUGGUCAGUCCGCCCCUGCACAUCGCUUCCAAGCCAGACGGACCACAAGAUGGGAGGAGGUCACACUCCAUGCGGACCAAACUCGAUGGACGAUGUCUUCACUCAGUGACGGGUCAUCCCUUCCAUCAGAGGUGACCACGUGU